CUGCCUGGGGGAUACAUACCAUCUCUUGGGUGCAAAGACUGCAUUCAGGUCAGUUUCACAAAGAUGGAGCUGAUUUCCCUCAUCAAUCACUUUUCCCUUUGGACUGCUACUUCAACUUGUACACUACUCUAGCCCUGGCUCUGUUCAUCAGCCUCUUCCAAAUGAUCCAGUAUAGCACCUUUGCAUAGUACAAGAGACUUGACCAAGCAUAGAGAAGCAUCUUGUCCUUUUCAGUCGAACCUGAAGUCACUGAGAAUCCCCACUCCCUGGAGGAACAGCUGGGCAGUUGGUUCCCCUCUGAGACUGGCACACUGAUGAAGGAACAUGUGGAACACAGAAGCCAUCUCCAAGCAGCUGUUGGCAAAGAAGAAGGUACCAAACACCAGGAGAUAGACCCACAAAAUGGAGGCAGUUGCCAUUCCUCCAUCCGCAGAUUGCUAUGUGACAACGUGACCUGUGCCAUAUGUGACAGGGCAGCCAAGGAGGCUGAGGAAGUGCUGCGUGUCUAUGGAUCAAAACCUGGGCUUCCUGCUUUGCAAAUGCCAUCACUUCCCGUUGCCUCUUAUGUGGGGAGCUCCAGCCUACCAGCCAUUUCUGCUCAAAGAGAUGACACAAUUUUUCCAUGGAGCAGCAGUAAACCUGCCACAAACUGUGGCCAUCCAGAAUUGGGCCCAGAAACAACACCUUCAUCCAGAAAGGAGCAACACAUUCCCAAAGGCAAGAGGCAGAAGGAGAAGCCACUCCAUUCUGCUCAGCAAGAUGUUCCCAUCUCCAGGGAGAAUGACAUAAGUCCCAGCUGUUCUGACAGUCAUUCCAUGUUUAGUAUAAAUAAAUGUUAUGACAGCUCUGAGGACAGCAGUGGGGAAAUGAGCGAUCCCUUUUGCUUCUCUUCAAGCACAUCAUCAGAGCUGUCUUUCAAUAGUUGGGAAGAUUACAGUCCCCUUUCCGACCUGUCCGAGUUAUCAAAUUUCAGCAAAAAGAGCCACAUGCCUUUGAGGCAUAAGAAAAAUGAAGGGUCCUCUCUGAGUGAGAGGAAGAACCACCAGGGCAUGAGAUUCCACCAUAAAGGAACAAGGCAUUUCCCCAGUUCUUUACCUGUGAUCUCCCAAGCAAAUAUCAAAUCUCCUAGGGUUGAAUUUGCUACUGAGGACACUGCCUUUGUGGCUAAGGCUGUGAGAAAGACCUUGGAGUGGCAUUUGGUUGUUAAAAGUAUUCAACACAAAUUGGGUCUUCCAUCAGUCGUCCUCAGGUCACUCAGGGCCUUUUUGCCUCUUGGUAUGGAUUUCACUUGCCCGUACCGUCCAAAGAGGGAGCAUACUGUGUUGAUGAGACCUCGGCUUCUUCCUUUCAUGAGUGGGGCAAAGAGGAGGACACUAGAGAAACACAUGAAAAAGAUGAUUCACAUGCAAUGUCGGGUGUUGCCAAAGCAAGUCCAAGAGGCCCUCAAGCACAUGAAGCUAGAUUAUCCCCUCACCACAGAUAUAGCAUCAUCUGCACACAGGAAAGGAGGCCGAGGAGGAGUCGUCAAGGGUGAGAGGGAAGGGAAACUUCAUAGGCAUGUUCUACAUUUGGAAUCCACAGCCAGGGAAACAGCCCUCAAAUCUCCCCCUCCUUCCAAAGCAAACCCCCAGACUACAACUGAGAAGAAGUCCUUUGAGGCCAGACAUGAGAUGCUACUUCAGUCACAGCACACUGUUGCGUUUGUCCAAGCAAGGACAAGUUUUCUUCCUGCUAAUGAGAAGCAGUCUUUGGAUUCCCAUGUGCUUAAAAAGAAGGUGCAGCACCCAUGGGACCAGCCCACACUGAUACAAGAGAUCCCAUUCAUUGAGCAGGGGACUUGGGAGGAUCUGGAAUGGCACGUGAUAAAAAAGAGGUUGCAGCAUGCUUGGGGGUUGCCAAGCCUUGUCCAGAGAUCUCUCCAUUCUGUUUUCCCAAUUGUCCCCCAAUCACAGCAGCACCGGACAUUGCAACACGUGGAGGUGAAUGUUCUUCUGGCUGAGCUCUCCUUCCUUAGUGAUGCCAUUAUCCAAGAACUAGAGCAGAAUCUGCUGAAAAGAAUCAUGCUUCACCGAUGGCACUUACCACCAAGGGUCCUUGAGUCCCUCAGGCUACUUUCCCCAGAGAUGGUGACUGUUGCAGGGAAACAGGAUGGAACUAGGAUAGGGAGGAGGACAAUGCCAAGUCAGCCUUUGAUGUACCCCACACUUCAGUCUGAAGCAGCAGAGAAUAAGAUAUUCCACUUGGAUGAAAAAUGGCUGGACGUUUUCCCAACCUUGGCCAUGAGUGCAAUGAAGCCCAAACUGCUGCCCACGUUUCCUAGAGCUAGAGAAGUUGCUGUUGAGUUCUUAGAAGUGAGGACAGAGUUUCUCUAUGCUCAGGUCAGAGAGAAUCUGGAACUGCACAUUAGAAAAAAGAAGCUACAACAUGAAUGGGGCUUGCCUAGUCUUAUUCAGAAAUCCUUGCAUGGCUUCAAGUCACAGGCUCCUCCACUGCCCAGUCUCCAAAGGACUAAAGCCCAUGUCUACAUUCUACUGCAGAAACCGUCAUUCCUUCCACAAAGCACCUACAGUCAGUUGGAUUUCCACAUUCAAAGGAUGAAGCUACAGAGACAAUGGAAGUUGCCUAAGAGGGUUUUGGAAUCUAUCAAGCUUUUCCGCCCUGUGUUUGGGACAGGUCCCUUGGAACCACAAAUUACAGAGUACCAAAAUAAAAGCUGUGACUCUCUAGGCAGAUUCUCCUCUCCCAUCCCAGUAGCCAGAGAAGAGCUGGCAGAGGCAAGGCAGGCGAUGUUUGUGGGUGAGAACAUCUUCACACAUGGACCCAAGGCUUACAGGGCACAGCAAAUGGUCAGGCCACACCAGGAUAUGGAGGCAGGAGAAGUCCCUGAGGGAGCUUUUUCUGAAUCAUCAGCUGCCUCUACAGAUCACCCUAGCCUCAGGAGAAAGUCCACAGAAUCUGAUCUCCAACCCAUGGGAAGCUUCAAGAUCACACUUGAAGACUCUCUCCAGAAGUUUACCCCUCUUUAUAGCCAAGUGAAGCCCAGAAGCACAUUUCUGCCCUUUGUGGAGGGUGAAGCAGUGGAUAAGGUGGAGCUGAACAUCAGGCACGAGUUUCCAGAGCACCAACCUAGUCAACAGAGUGAAAUCUUGAAUAGGAAAGAUGCCAUAGCCAGGGCAGCAGUGGAAGACCACUACUUCUACUGCCCUUGCUAUUGGAUAACAUAUAAGCACCCAGGAUUCAGUACUGUACACCAAGAAGUAAGCAACAGAAAAACAUUUGGGUUGAUGCCUGCCUCCCCACAGUCAGCUCAAGUUCUUUCUAUGCUGAAGCCCCAUAGUUUGGACAAGAUGAACCACCACUUGGCCAAGAAGCACAGGGAGAUGCAGUUGAGAGAUAUUCCAAAUGUUGCCACCUCAUCUUCAACAAGGGAACAUUUCACUUUCUUGGGGGAGUUGCCCAGCAUGCACUUGGAACCUUUGGCUACAGUGUUCCAGGAAAGAUGUUCCUCUUCCCAAAUCAGCCAAGUGAAGAUUAGGGUCCAGGAGCUGGAACCCCCAAUAUUCCAGAAUGAAGCAAGGGAGUUGCUUAUGACUAGAUCCCCGCGGCCGGAGGGAUCUGGAUCUUCAGAGACAUCAGCGACCCGUGCUUCAAAUAUAAGACUUCCUAAACAUUCAAAUAUGAAUCUUUUGGAAGACCAUCUCAAGAAAAAAAAUAUGGAGGCUAAAUUCCAAUUGACGGAAGUAUUCCAGGAGCCAGUGUCAACAUUUCUUACAAAGGAAGCCUGCGAUCUUCUGGAACUUCACAUACAGCGCAAAAGACUCCAGCAUGAGUGGGGGCUGCCAUCUCUUGUGCAGAAAUCUUUGCAUGCCUUUGUCCCUCUUCCACCUGAGCUACAGAGGAGUAAAAAAGCAGGAGCAUCAACACAUGUCACUGUUGAGAAACUGGGAUAUCAAGAGAAAGCGACUGUCCAUGUACCACACUCUGUGUUAGAGGCCAUCCCCCCUCAAAAGGCCCUGCAUGUUGUAAGUCCAGAUGUCAAGAAUGGCCUGGAAGCCCACGUGAGGAGCUGGGCCAUGGAGCACCAGUGGGGACUUCCCAAACUGAUUCAGGAUUCUCUGAGGGCAAUUGCUCCCACUCAGCUUGAGUCCCAUUUCAAAGAAGAAAAGCAUCAUACACCGCUCUCAGAAGAUCAUCGUAAGUCCUACGAGCAAGAUGAAAUCCCUACUCUUUCUGAGGGAAGAGAGCCUUUGAAGCAACUCACACCCAAAGCAGGAGCCAGGGGUCAUCCAAAAGCUACUAUCCACCAAGGACAUGGAGUGGCAACCACAGGCACAGGUGUGGAACUGACUACGUUUGAAUCAUCUGAGAUGAAGCCACCUUUGCUCACAGAGGAAGCUUGGAAUCUUCUGGAAUUCCACAUUGGAAAGAAGAAAAUCCAGCACAUGUGGGGUCUUCCCUCCACUGUCCUGAAGUCCUUAUGUGCCUUUGCCCUAUUUCCCCCUGAUCCAGAGAAUCAUCGGGGAGAAAACAUAACAAAUAUUCACCCCUGGGAUUGGGUAGAAGUGAGAACGAUAAUCAGUAAUCUUGCGUUCAUCAGCUCAGAUAUAAAGGAGAGACUAGAGGCUCACAUGAGGAAUAUAACCACAAAGCACAGAUGGGAAAUACCAAAGCGGGUACAGGAAUCACUGAGGGCAUUUCAACGGCCCAGAUCACUUCCUCAAUCUGAACUGGAUCCGUUAUCUUGUCAAUACAAAUCUUCCCAGGGGCAUACUAAGGGUUCCCAGACUGACGAUGACAAUGAACACUCAUCAGAAGAUGCCAAGAGAAGGGUAAAAGGAAAGCAAGAGAGAGCAGGAACUGUGCCAUCAAACUUUAAAGUAACUGCUUUCUUAAGCCUUGAGGUGAACCUAAAUUUUCUCACAAGGGUCACCCAGGACCUGUUGGAAUUCCACAUCCAGCAUAAGAAGAUCCAGCAUGCAUGGGGCCUACCAUCCUCUGUGUUGAGGUCAUUGAAGGCCUUUGGCCCAUACCCCCUUGAGAUGCAGAUGCGACACACAGGAAGGAACAUGACAACGGCAGCGCAAUGCAAUUGGAUGGAGGUACAAGUAAUUAUCCCAAGUCUCUCCUUCCUGAGUCCCAACACAAAAGAGCACCUGGAAGCUCACAUGAGGAAGAGGGUGGUACAGCACAGGUGGGGCCUUCCAAAGCGGGUUCAGCAAUCACUGGGAGGACUUCUCCAUCACAGACAACCUUUCAGAUCAGGAAAGGACAAUGUGCGGCCUUACCCCAGCAAAUUCUUCCAAGUCCCUGCAGCUGAUUCCCAAACUGAAGAUGACAAGGAAGACUUGGUGAAGGAGGAAAUGGGCAACAGAAGGACAGCAGGGAAGGGAUGGGGCUUCCCUCAAGGAAAGCAGGGAGCAACCACAGCUGUGAACUUUGAAGAAACUACUUUCUUAUGGCCUGGGGCAAAGCUUGCUUUCCUCACAGAUGAAGCGCAAGAUCUUCUGGAAUUCCAUAUCCGACAGAAGAAACUCCAGCACACAUGGGGCCUACCCUCCUCUGUGCUGAAGUCCAUGCAUGCCUUUGCCCCAUUUCUCCAUGGGUCUCAGACGCAUGUGCAAAACUUAGACAAGAGAAUGACUAAGGCAAACCAAUGGGUUAAGGUAGAAGUGAAAGAGAUUGUCUGGGAUCUCUUCUUCCCAAGUCCAGACACAAAAGAUCGCCUGGAAGCUCAUGAGAGGAGGAGGGUGGCUAAGCACAGGUGGGGGCUUCCAAUGAGGGUUCAGCAAUCACUGGGAGUAUUUCUACAUCCCAGACAUGCUUUAGGAUUGGAAUUGGAGAAUGCACAGUAUUUUUCUCCUUCUCACUACAAAUCCUCCCAGGUGGCUAGAGAUUACUCUGAAACAGAAGGUGACAAUGAAGACAUGAAAGACUCCAUGGUCAAAAGAAGGACAAUAAGGAAUAUGGAGGCCUUCAACCAAUUGAAACAGGGAGCAGACUCAACUAUGAACUUGAAUGUAACUGCUUUCUUGUGGCCUGGAGUGAAACUUGGUUUCUUAACCAAUGAGACCUGGGAAUUUCUCGAAUUUCACAUCCUGCGCAAGAAACUCCACCAUGCUUGGGGCCUACCCUCCAAUGUGCUGAAGUCCUUGCAUGCCUUUGCUCCAUUUCACCUUGAGACAGAGAAACACAAGCAAAGCAUGACCAUGAGAUACCCAUGGGAGAUAGAAGAAGCCCAUAUUAUUUCAAGGAGUCUUACGUUCCUCAGCCAAGACUUACAGGAGAACCUGGAUGCCCAUGUGAGGCGUAUGACUACACACCAUAGGUGGCAACUUCCAGAACAGGUUUCACAAUCACUGAGGGCAUUUCGGAAUCCCAGAGUAUUUUCCCAAUGUGAGUUGGGUGAAGCAAGGUCUCUAACACCUUUUCAUGGCAAAUUUCUCCAAGAGCAUACUGUUGAUUCCCAGAGUGAAGAUGAAAAUGAAGUCUUGGUGGAGGAGGAAAUGGACAACAGAAGAACAGCAGCAGGAAAGGGAUGGGUUGUUCCCCAAGGGAAGGAGGGAGUAACUCUACAAUCAAACUUUAAAGUUAGUGCUUUAUCAAGCCUUGAGGUGAACCUAAAUUUUCUCACAAGGGUCACCCAGGACCUGUUGGAAUUCCACAUCCAGCAUAAGAAGAUCCAGCAUGCAUGGGGCCUACCAUCCUCUGUGUUGAAGUCAUUGAAGGCCUUUGGCCCAUACCCCCUUGAGAUACAGAAGCAGAUGCAACACACAAGAAGGAACAUGACAACGGCAAUGCAAUGCAAUGGGAUGGAGGUACAAGUUGUUAUCCCAAGUCUCUCCUUCCUGAGUCCCAACACAAAAGGGCACCUGGAAGCUCACAUGAGGAAGAGGGUGGUACAGCACAGGUGGGGCCUUCCAAAGCGGGUUCAGCAAUCACUGGGAGGAUUUCUGCUUCCCAGACAACCUUUCGGAUCUCGUCAGGAUAAUGUGCAGCCUUCCCUAGGCAAAUUCUUCCAAGUGCCUACAGCUGAUUCCCAGACUGAAGAUGACAAUGAGGACUUGGUGAAGGAGGAAAUGGGCAACAGAAGGACAGCAGGGAAAGGAUGGGGCUUCCCUCAAGGAAAGCAGGGAGCAACCACAGCUCUGAACUUUGAAGAAACUACUUUCUUAUGGCCUGGGGCAAAGCUUGCUUUCCUCACAGAUGAAGCGCAAGAUCUUCUGGAAUUCCAUAUCCGACAGAAGAAACUCCAGCACACAUGGGGACUACCCUUCUCUGUGUUGAAGUCCAUGCAUGCCUUUGCCCCAUUUCUCCAUGGGUCUCAGACGCAUGUGCAAAACUUAGACAAGAGAAUGACUAAGGCAAACCAAUGGGUUAAGGUAGAAGUGAAAGAGAUUGUCUGGGAUCUCUUCUUCCCAAGUCCAGACACAAAAGAUCGCCUGGAAGCUCAUGAGAGGAGGAGGGUGGCUAAGCACAGGUGGGGGCUUCCAAUGAGGGUUCAGCAAUCACUGGGAGUAUUUCUACAUCCCAGACAUGCUUUAGGAUUGGAAUUGGAGAAUGCACAGGAUUUUUCUCCUCACUACAAAUCCUCCCAGGUGGUUAGAGAUUCCUCUGAAACAGAAGGUGACAAUGAAGACACAAAAGACUCCAUGGUCAAAAGAAGGACAAUAAGGAAUAUGGAGGCCUUCAACCAAUUGAAACAGGGAGCAGACUCAACUAUGAACUUGAAUGUAACUGCUUUCUUGUGGCCUGGAGUGAAACUUGGUUUCUUAACCAAUGAGACCUGGGAAUUUCUUGAAUUUCACAUCCUGCGCAAGAAACUCCACCAUGCUUGGGGCCGACCCUCCAAUGUGCUGAAGUCCUUGCAUGCCUUUGCUCCAUUUCACCUUGAGACAGAGAAACACAAGCAAAGCAUGACCAUGAGAUACCCAUGGGAGAAAGAAGAAGCCCAUAUUAUUUCAAGGAGUCUCACAUUCCUCAGCCAAGACUUACAGGAGAACCUGGAUGCCCAUGUGAGGAGGAUGACUAGACACCAUAGGUGGCACCUUCCAGAACAGGUUUCACAAUCGCUGAGGGCAUUUCGGCAUCUCAGACCCUUUCCCCAAUGUGAGUUGGGUGAAGCAAGGUCUCUAACACCUUUUCAUGGCAAAUUUCCCCAAGAGCCUGAAGCUGAUUCCCAUUCAGAAGAGGAUAAGGAAGACUUAGUGAAGGAGGAAAUGGGCAACAGAAGAACAGGAGAGAAAGGAUGGGGCUUUCCACAAGGAAAGCAGGGAGCAACCACAACUGUGAACUUUGAAGAAACUUAUUUCUUAUGGCCUCCAGUGAAGCUUGCUUUCCUCACAGAUGAAACACAAGAUCUUCUGGAAUUCCAUAUCCGACAGAAGAAACUCCAGCACACAUGGGGACUACCCUUCUCUGUGCUGAAGUCCAUACAUGCCUUUGCCCCAAUUCUCCAUGAGUCUCAGACGCAUGUGCAAAGCUUAGGCAAGAGAAUGACUAAGGCACACCAAGGGGAUAAGGUAGAAGUGAAAGAGAUUGUCUGGGAUCCCUUCUUCCCAAGUCCAGACACCAAAGAUCGCCUGGAAGCUCAUGAGAGGAGGAGGGUGGCUAAGCACAGGUGGGGGCUUCCAAUGAGGGUUCAGCAAUCACUGGGAGUAUUUCUACAUCCCAGACAUGCUUUAGGAUUGGAAUCGGAGAAUGCACAGUAUUUUUCUCCUCACUACAAAUCCUCCCAGGUGGCUAGAGAUUACUCUGAAACAGAAGGUGACAAUGAAGACAUGAAAGAAUUCAAAGUCAAGAGAAGGACAACAGAGAAAAUGGAGGUCUUCAACCAAUUGAAACAGGGAGCAGACUCAACUAUGAACUUGAAUGUAACUGCUUUCUUGUGGCCUGGAGUGAAACUUGGUUUCUUAACCAAUGAGACCUGGGAAUUUCUUGAAUUUCACAUCCUGCGCAAGAAACUCCACCAUGCUUGGGGCCUACCCUCCAAUGUGCUGAAGUCCUUGCAUGCCUUUGCUCCAUUUCAUCUUGAGACAGAGAAACACAAGCAAAGCAUGACCAUGAGAUACCCAUGGGAGAAAGAAGAAGCCCAUAUUAUUUCAAGGAGUCCCACAUUCCUCAGCCAAGAGUUACAGGAAAACCUGGAUGCCCAUGUGAGGAGGAUGACUAGACACCAUUGGUGGCACCUUCCAGAACAGGUUUCACAAUCACUGAGGGCAUUUCGGAAUCCCAGAGCAUUUUCCCAAUGUGAGUUGGGUGAAGCAAGGUCUCUAAUACCUUUUCAUCGCAAAUUCUCCCAAGAGCCUGACGCUGAUACCCAUUCAGAAGAUGACAAGGAAGACUUGCUAGAAGAUGCCAAGGUAAGAAAAAAGGCAAUAGAGAAACUGGAGAGGAGGCUCAAUUAUGUUCAAAAGGCAGCAGCUACACCUGUAUUGGCUCAAGCGACUACUUUCUUAUUGCCUGAGGUGACUCUUCCUUUCCUCACGGAUGAGACCCAUAACCUUCUGGAAUCACACAUUCAGCACAAGAAACUCCAUCAUGCAUGGGGCUUACCUUCCUCUGUGUUGAAGUCCCUGCAUGCUUUUGCUCCAUUUCUCAUUGAAUCAGAGAAGCACCCACCAUACAUGGAAGGAGAGAAUAUAGCCAACGGAGUUUCAUGGGACAGAGGGGAAGUAUACAUUAUUACUCCGACUCUCUCAUUCCUCAGUCCAGACACAACAGAGUGUCUAGAUGCUCAUGUUAGGAGUAUGACUGCAAAGCAUAGAUGGGGGCUUCCAAAACAUGCUCAAAAUAUGCUUAGAGCAUUUCUACUUCCUGUGUCACAUCAGUUUGAGGAAAUCAGGCCUCAAACUCAUCCCCACAACUCUACAUUUUAUCAAGACUCUCACACCCAACUUCUGGGGGAGAGUGAGGAGGAGAGACUUCUGGCAAGAACCUCAUCUAUUACCCAUUUUAUAGACUGUGUGGCAGAGUUGCCUUUCCUCACUGAUGGUGCUCAAGAUGUUCUGGAAGUCCACAUCCAGCACAAGAAGAUCCAGCAUCAGUGGGGCUUGCCAGCCAUUAUUCAGAAAUCGGUGCGUGCAUUUGCUCCACCCCCCUUGGAGCCACAGGAGAGCCCCCAAACUUCAGUGGGAGUGAGCACUGCUGGAAGGAGACAAAAUAACUUUAUUGAUGAAUGGAGAGCUGGUGCCAAGGAAUGGCCUGCGGCAACAGAGGUUCCUGUUUCUUCCCAGCACUCGCAUUUCUUACACUCAAAAUCAAAAGAACACCUGGAAAAACACACCAAGAAGCUCAACAUAGAGCACCAGUGGCACCUCCCUAAACUGGCUCAGAAGUUAACAAGGGACUUUAGCCCAGAAGUCGAUGAAAUGGAGGAGGAGCCUUUGACUUAUUCUGGCACUCAGACCCUCCAAGUGCCAAACACUCCUUUUCAAACAGGAGCAGAAAAGGAAGCCAGCUCAGGGUCAGAAGAUCAACCCACAUACACCUCAGAGCUGUUUUGGAAAAUACAGCAUAGGAUGGUUUCCUGGCCAGAUGCCGAAAAGGAUAGUGAAUCUCUCUAUCCUCUUACAAAAGUUCAGCAUUUCACAGUAAUCCAAGGGACAAGCAGCAGCUCAGAGGGUGAAAGAGAAGCACCGCAAGUGAGUGCACUGCAGAUAUUUACACUGAAUCUACAUCAUGCUGCACAGUAUCCACAAAUUCCUGGCAAGACAGAGGAGUCUUGUGAGAUAUUCAACUGUCCCUGCUCAUGUCAUUCAUCAACAUCCACAAAAGGCUCAGCUUCAUCAUUACAAUUAGUUGCAGAGCAAAGGUGGAGGCAAGAGCAGCAAGAAAAUUCCCAGGAAAAUGGAAAGGAGACAGAGGAAGGGUCCUUUUCUCAGAUAUCAGAGAAUAAUGGGCCCCAGGACUCUGUUUCAUUCCCAGGAAAAAGUAGAAAAGAUCCUUCCAUUUCAAAGGAAGCCGAGGUGGAUUUUUCUGUUCAGACAUCAGCUAAUAUUGAAUGUCAGGACUCUGAUUCAUCCUCAGGAGACAGAGAUAAGAAUACUUCCCUCUCAAAGGAAGGCAAGGCUGACUCCUCUUCUCAGCUAUCAUUGAAUACCAAACUCCAGAUUCAUUCUUCAUCCUCAGGAGAUAAUAAAGAUCCUUCCCUCUCACAAGAGGCAGAGGCAGAUGCCACUCCUCAGAUAUCACAUAAUAUUGAAUCCCAAGUCUCUGGUUCAUCCUUAGGUGAACAUAUGAAGGAUGCUUCACUCUCAGAACAUGAAUUUUCCCAGGCAUAUUUUGGGCCUUUGAAGGCAGAUGACACUCAACAGUACAACACUCUUGUCUCCCAGCAAGCCUUGGAUCCCACCACACAGCCAUCCCAUACCCUUGACUCUCAAUGUUUCCAUGAGCAUGUGGUGGACCCCGUGCAUUAUAGCCAGGCAGAUCAACAGCACCAGGCAGAAUGGGACAAACAAAGCUGUGACAGUGAGGAAAGGAAGCAAAUAGCCAACCAAAUUAUUGAAGAUACAGCCACCAGCAGUGACAAAGGGGGCCAAGCACCUGGACAGCUAAAAGGGUGGUCCUCUGAAUCCCCUUGCUGUAACCUGAAACCUCCCCCACCCACCCCCAAAAGUGAGGACCACGUGGAGCACCAAGGUAUCCAAGUAUCUGAGAAUAGGGAGACCUCAAGUGAAGACUCCCAAGAUGAUGAACAAUCCAACCAGCAGGUGUCACAUUUAUCUCAAAAUCAAGAUUCUGCAAACACAGAAGUUGAAUUCCAAAUGCAGCCCACAGAUGGUUCCCUGCUACAGACAAGUGAUGAUAUGGGGAAAGAAAGGGAGGAAGGUGGUGCCUACUCAUCUUCUGAGUACAGCACAGAAUGUGAACUGGAGAGAGUCGGAGACUGGGAUGGUGGCGAAGUCAUAGGCGAGGAGAGCUCAUGUGUGAGAAAGGAGGAAGGAGUCAGUAGUGAAGAUGCAGAGGAGAUGCCCAUGGUAGAGCCCAGAAGCCUGAAAUAUGCAGAUUCUCUGACAGCAGGAGCACCCCAAGUUUCUCCAGAGGAUGUUGUGCCUUCCUCAGAGACCUCAGAUGAAAGGGACAGCCUAAGCAAAACAAAGGUGUUUGAUGUGGCAAGGCAAGCGGUUUCUGAACAAUUUGAACACCUCCGUACACCUCAGUCAGUUGCAGAUGAAAUGACAGAAGCUCUGGAGCUCUCCAGGCCACUGUCUGUAUCUCACAAAAGAGUGGCCUUCUGGGAGGAAAAUCAUGAUUUUGAACAAACAGAGAUCUUGGGGAAUGACAGGGAAGGCGAAGGAAAUACUGGUGGAGAAGCAUCCACAAUAGAUCCUGAAGGUGGGAAACACCAAGGAGCUGGGAGGAAGGAUGAGGAGGAAGAAAGAGGAGAAGCAGGAGAAGUAAGAGAUGGAGGAGGUGAAAAAGAAGCAGAAGUAAGAGAUGGAGAAGGAGAAGUAAGAGAUGGAGAAGGAGAAGUAAGAGAUAGAAAUGGUGAAGAAAUUUUGGGUGGAAGAAGAAAGGCAUCCCAUAAAGAAACUAUUGGAGAAAAAGAGUUAUCAACCAAACAUGAGAGCAAACAGGUAGCUAAGACAACAAGAGGGGAAGAGGCCCCCAGGUUAGAACAAAGGAUGGACAAGCAGCCGGUGCAAAAAGGCUCCCACCCUCACUCUGUAGGUGGCAUAUCUUCAAAACACACUGUGAAAACAGAUGGGAAACUGUCUAUACUUGGUAAAAUCCUGGAGAGAAAAAUGCAUCUGCGGGAUGGGAUGAAUAUCUGGAUGCAGAAUACUGAAAAGCCAGGGGUCAUUUCAGAAGGGAAGUCAAAAAAAGGAGGCCAUGCAACGAGCGGUAUGGGAAAACACCCUGGAGAAAGUCAGAGAGAGAGAAAGGAUUUGGCCCAAUCCAAAUUUAGGAAGAAAAGUGAAAGGAAGAUGACUCAAAGCAUGUUGUACAAGAGGAAGCAGAGUGGGGGUGCUGGUGAAACAAGGCUCCUUGAGAAAAGAGAAGGGAGAUCAGUCCAAUGGGAUCAUGAAUCUAAACCCAGAAAAGGGAGAACAAGUUUCAGGAGCUGGAAGCAGAGCAUAAUGUCAAGGCUCAGAGGAAGCAGCAGGGAUAAAAAAUCAAGCAGUGGAUCGAGAAGCAGGUCAAGCAGUAGGGAACCAAGAUCAAGCAGCCGGACAAGGAGCAGGGCAAGUAGCAGAAAUCUAAGAUUCAGCAGCUGGUCAAGGAGCAGGGGAAGCAGCAAGGGCCGAAAUUCAAGUAGCAGGUCAAGAAGCCGGGGAAGAAGCAAGGACCCAAGUUCAAGCAGUAGAAAUCCGAGAUUGAGCAGCCGGUCAAGAAACAGGUCAAGCAGCAAGGACCCGAGUUCAAGCAGCAGGUCAAGCAGAAAUUUAAAAAGUCCAGAAAGCACCGGGACAAGCAGCAAAGAUGGAGCAGCAGUUGAGUGAGUGGCAAGGCGUGCACUAAGGACUGAAAACUGAGCAUCAGCAGGGCAACCUGCAAGAUCUAGUCCCCUUGACAAAGAAGCCAAGAGAAAAUGAUAAGCUGCUCUGGUGGAGUGUGUAGGAUACCUUGAUGACAAGGAUUUUUUAAAAUGCAGCACCAUGAAUAUCAAAUGGUGGUGACAGGAAAAGAGCACAAGGCUCCACCUUCCACUGAUGGUUGUCGAGAUGCUGAAGGCUCAGCAAACCUAUCACUUACCUUUUUUUACCCUGUAUGAAGCAUUCUUAAAUUGUUUUGUAAUGUAAUACGUUUUUGUCAAUAAAUCUCUAUGUUAGCA